CUGUUUCUAUUCUUGUUUUAAAACGGUCUGUCCCGUGUGGCUUGGCCUUCUCUUCUUUCACCUUUCUCUUUGUCUUCCUCGAGGCUUUUUUGGUGUAUUCGCUUAUUCUGCCUUGUUCUGGUGGAGGCGGUGGCGAUCGAUGGGGAAUGUGUUCAUCAAGAAGCCCAGGAUCACGGAGGUGGAUAAAGCCAUCCUCUUGCUCAAGACCCAACGCCGCAAGCUCGCCCUGUACCAGCAGCAGCUAGAAACUGUGAUUGGAGCUGAGAAACAAGCAGCCAGGGAUUUGAUUCAGGAGAAGAGGAAAGACCGGGCAUUGCUUGCACUUAAGAAGAAGAAAGCACAAGCGGACCUCCUCAAACAAGUUGAUGGUUGGCUUAUAAACGUUGAACAACAAUUGGCAGAUGUUGAAUUGGCAAGCAAGCAGAAAGCUGUAUUUGAAAGCCUAAAGACGGGAAGCAAUGCCAUAAAAUCUAUACAAAGUGAAAUCAGUCUAGAGGACGUUCAAAAGCUUGUGGAUGAUUCUGCUGAGGCAAAGGCUUAUCAAGAUGAAAUAAACGCAAUAUUGGGACAGAGUUUGUCUCCUCGAGAUGAGGAAGAAGUUCUGGUUGAGUUUGAAAUUUUGGAAACUGAGAUAACCCUUCAAUCCAUACCUAUUCCUGCUCAUUCUGUACCAUCGGUGCCAGAUACUGAAAGACUACAGGCAGAAACAGGUUCCCAAGUCAAGAGCUCAGAAGAUGAAUUCAUCGAUCUUCCUGAUGUACCCACUGGUAACAUCUCAAAGCAAGCAGUGGUAAAACGAAAAGUUCUGGAGGAGCCACUCCCUGCAUGAUUCUCCAAUUGAAACAGACGUAUACUGCAGAGUGGCAAUCCCCGGACAUGUGAAAAAUCCGAAGGUACCGCUGUCUUUUGUUUUAUCUGGUCAUGAUUUGUUAAUAAUUGAUAAAAAAAAUCAGCCUGAAUUUAUUUUCAAUUCUUUAUGUCGUAUAAAUAAUUUAAUAGAUAUGACAGUUAAUUUGUUAGUUCACUCUCAGAGCAAAGAUCCCCAUGAAUAUUAUCAACACAGUGAAACGAGACAGGUCAACAAUACCAUUUCUUUUAAUUCAUAGUGCCCUGGAAUCAGUAAGCUAUUGAACUGGUUUCCUGCUGUUGAAGAACAAGAAAAAAGCUCGAAAAACUAUACAGCAAUGUCUUCAAGGAAGUCAGUCUUCACUUGAGCAAAUGCUUGGGCCUAUGGCUGGAAAUGAGUCAAGUUUUAUAUUGUUCAAGCUUGUUUAUAAAAUAAUCUAGUCUAAAAUGAACUAAAUAGUUGAAAUUGUUGUUCAAACUUAGCUUUAUUUUUUUUUUUGAGUUUGAACUUAGUUCAAAUUUAGAUGAUUUAUUUAGAUA